AUGAUGGUGUUGAGAGUGGAGGAGCUGGUAACAGGGAAGAAGAAUAGCAAUGGAGCCACAGGAGAGUUCCUUCCUGGGGAUUUCAGAGAUGGAGAAUAUGAAGCUGCUGUGGCCUUGGAGAAACAAGAGGAUUUGAAGACGCUUCCAGUCCACCGUGUGAGCCUCGAGGAGCAACAACAGAGACGUGAGAAGCAGCGAGAGACGGAGCUCAAAAAGAAAAAAUUAGAACAAAGAUCAAAGCUUGAAAACCUAGAGGACCUUGAAAUAAUCGUCCAACUGAAGAAAAGAAAAAAGUACAAGAAAACUAAAGUUCCAGUUGUGAAGGAACCGGAACCUGAAAUUAUUACUGAACCUGUGGAUGUGCCGAGGUUUCUGAAAGCUGCUCUGGAGAACAAACUGCCAGUCGUAGAGAAAUUCCUGUCAGACAAGAACAGCCCUGACGUCUGUGAUGAGUAUAAACGGACCGCUCUCCAUAGAGCAUGCUUAGAAGGGCACUUGGCAGUUGUGGAGAAGUUAAUGGAGGCUGGAGCCCAGAUUGAAUUCCGUGAUAUGCUUGAAUCCACAGCCAUCCACUGGGCAUGUCGUGGAGGAAACCCGGAUGUCCUGAAACUGUUGCUGAACAAAGGCGCCAAAAUCAGUGCCCGAGACAAGCUGCUCAGCACAGCGCUGCACGUGGCGGUGAGGACUGGUCACUACGAGUGCGCAGAGCACCUCAUCGCUUGCGAGGCCGAUCUCAAUGCCAAGGACCGAGAAGGAGAUACCCCGCUGCACGAUGCUGUGAGGCUGAACCGCUAUAAGAUGAUUCGGCUCUUGAUGACGUUCGGGGCGGACCUCAACGUCAAGAACUGUGCUGGGAAGACCCCCAUGGAUCUGGUACUGCACUGGCAGAAUGGAACCAAAGCAAUAUUCGACAGCCUUAAGGAGAAUGGCUACAAAACCUCUCGCAUAGCCACAUUCUGAGGAAGGAGACUCUCAACAGGAGCUGUUCACAGGCAUUUUCAAAGCAUUGCCUACCGGAAGAGCAACACCAGUUAUAAAAUCCAGCUUUUGUUUGCCAGAGGGUAGAGAGAUAGACUUUAAAGACGCUUCAAGAAAGCACUGGGUUAUAGGUGCCAAAAUUUCCUUUAGUGAUGAUGCUCACCAUCUUUAUUUAUUUCUAUUUAUUUAUUUAUUUCCGAACACUGGUAUUCAGGCUUUCACGAGCAUUUUGGGGGGAGUAAAACUUAACCUGUAUGCAGCAUUCAGAAUCUUCCCAUGGAUCCUAAACCCUGUGGGUGAAUGAUGUCUAAUUGCAUACGUUUGUCCUCAGUUGCAUAGAGCUAUUCAAGGCGUUUUUAAAUGGCAAGGGGGGAUCAUUGCAGGCAGCGCUCUUCGGAACUCUUGCUGCUAGUGUUUGAAUGAAGCGACAGAAGGCAUGUGGCGUCAGGAAGGGAAUGGAAGCAGUUCUGCAGGACAGACACCGGAGCCCGCCGUUCACCCAUAGGUUUGGUUUGAUCGGUUGUUUACCAGGUCACACAAGGUCCCCAGGUGAAGAGACCGUCCUGAGUGUAGAUGCAGGGAGGUGGAGGGAGUGGGUAGGGAGGCCUUGAUAAACCGAG